GACCUUUGUAGUAAAAGAGCACAUGAAGAAAAAGCUCUCAAUGCAGUUGCAGAUGGCGAGGCCUUCAAUAUCUAAAAGACCCUGGCAACGCUUCUUGGCAGACUCUAGCAUCCGUCGAAGCGAUGCUUGACUUUUUCUUUUGGAGCUGUCAGCAGUGAUAUUUGCCCAUUAGUCGAGAGUGCUUUCAGGAAACUGUUGUCCUGACUAGUGUAAAACUGCCUUCUGCAUUCGUGGCGCAAACCGAAUAGGCUUAUCAUGUUGGGAAGCCUGGAUUUGGAGUUUCCACAUGUCUCUGAGCAGCAGGGCCACAGCCGAGGCGGUGACGACAACUCUGCUGUCAGGAUGGAGCCUCAGCUGCUGAAGCAGCCGCUGCUCAACUAUGGCCAGGAGUUGCUGACUUCUCUCAAGGAUUUACAGGGCAUGGAGCGUGUAGGCUUUGUCCUGCAGGCAAUCAGCCGGGCUGAUCUGCAGGCCAGCAAGCAGCGCGACACAAGGAUCCUCUGUAAGAUCCCACCUUCAGUUGUCGCCCCCAUUUGCGUGCCAGCAGAUCAAAGGCUUCAAGAUCCAGCCAAACGGUCCAAGUUCAUCCGCUUUCUGGCACAAAAAGCGGACAUGCUGUACAAGACCUGGGACUCUGUGCCUGUGUGUGCCACAACAGAUGGUGAAAACGAAGAGCUUUGUGCCGUCAUGCCUCCUUUGGAGAGCUUCAUGGGCGUCCCUGCCAGUGAACGGAAGAAACACUUUUUUGAGUGCCUGAAGAAGGGCGACACAGUGAUUGGCCAAGUGAGCGGCAAGCAGGAGAAUGGCCUCUUUGUCACCCUGGUCUGCAUGGAUGGAGGUCUGCGCCGCGAGAUUCACGAUCUUGCCAUUAAGGCCUUCUGCCCACUGAAUCAGGUGCCCACAUUCUCGGCCCACGAAAGCCCGUUUGAUGUUUUUCAAACCAAGGACCUUGUUAGAGCGGUCGUGAUCAGCUGUUCUACGGAAUCUGAGCGCGUCAUUCUGUCAAUGAAGCCAGACGCACUUCCUGCAGACCUGCAGCACGUGUUGAAGCUGGGCUUGGUUACUGAGGAAGAGGUCCCUUCGCACCACAAGCGGCUGAUGAGCACUCAUGGCCGCUCCUAUCAAGAAGUUCUCGAGCGAACCACUGGUUUCAACAACCCUACUACUGCUAGCCAUCUCUGUUCAUCCUUGGGAAUACCGUCUUGGAGGCAGGCAUCUCUUACCAAGUCCCUGCAUAUGAAAGAAUACCCCAAAGAAGAGUAUGCAGCAACUCUGCGAAAGGCCCAGUCGUCCAAGUGGGCCUACAAGAGCCUGAAAGAUGGAGUGAUGCACUUCAAAGCUGGCAACCAUAGUGAGGCAUUUGGCUGCCUCAACAAGGCCCUCCAGAUUGACCCCGAGAACGUGGAGGCGUUGGUGGCACGCGGUGCUCUGUUUGCAAACAACAGCAACUUGCGACGUGCCCUGGAAGACUUCGAGCAGGCACUGACCUUGAAUCCAAGCCACCCCAAUGCCCGCAAGUACAUGUCCGAGACUCUGGUAGCCCUUGGACGCUACUACGAGGAGAGGGGUGACUUGGAAGGUGCGGUCAAGACGUACAAAAAGGCUGUGAAAGUGAACCUGAGCAACGCAGAUGCCCGGGAAGCCCUUAUUGCCAUGGAGAUGAAGGAACGCAAGAAGGAGGCUGAGCCUUUGGUGUCCCAAGAGAACCGAUCUCUGUCAAGCCAGGCUUCGGUGCUUGCUGAACUUCAAGGAGAGAUGGGCAAACCCAAAGACACCAGGGAGAAGCUGCGGCUUCUGCUUAAGGAUGAAGUGGAGAAAAAGCACAAGAAAGACGCCGUCAUCAUAGUUCAUCAUCAUCAUCGUGGUCGUCCUCUUCCUCGUCGGGAGCAUCAUCACAUUCUUCAUCAUCUAGUGGUUACAAACGCCACAGUCGCAGGCACCACCGCUCAAGAAGAUCUCACAAGGACCGCAAGGAAAGCAAAGCUGAGCGGCACCGUGGCUCCAAGAAAAAGCGCAAGUCACGUGAUGGCCAACAUGCCAACACCAGCCCACCUCCUGAAGAAGCUGCUCCAGCCGCCGCUGGCGCAGCAGUUCCUGUUGGUGCAGCUUCAGAAAGCUACUGGAAGGAUGAGCCUGCGAUGGUGCUUUCUUCACCCCCUAUUGAGGCAGCUAACACUAAAGCUGCUCCUUGAACACCCCCUGAUAAACUGCAUGCAACGCAGCUCUUUGUCACCGAUGUCAAAGAAACUAGCCCAUCUUUAUGAGGAUGAGGACGAGGCAGAGAUAAUGAAGGCCAGUCGUGAUGAUGAACUUGGCGAACUGUCACCUAAGGUCACCUUCCUAAUGAAGUCCAACCAGGAAAUGCAACCACCACGUUUGUUCAAUGUUGACCCCAAGUCAGCUGCAGCAAGCACGGCAUACUAUGAGCGUAAGGACCGUUCAUCUGAGUCGGGGAGAGCCCCGUCAGCCGAGCCAGCGCAGUCGGCACCACGCAUUGAGUCAGUGGUGAAACGUACAGAGCCAGCACUCGAGCGCAAGGGUAUAGAGUUCAAGUGGAAGGCCGUCAAAAAGCCGCUUGCACAUGCAGGUGACAGCCAUGAAGAAGGUUCAGUGAGCUCAGAUGAGCAGCGUGACGAUGUUCCACAACCAUCGCGAGGUGCCGAUGACAAGACUACUGCGUCCAGCCACGAGGAAGGCUCUAUCCACUCGGACUCUGAACCGGCUAAGCGCAAAAAGGACCGGUCGAGCAGCCGUGAAAGCAGCCCUAAGAACGAGGAAAAUGAGGGCAAGAGUAAACGCAAGCUGCGCCGCCGCCGCUCGCGUGCAGACUCCGAAAGCUAUUCAUCAUCGGGCCGCUCCAAGUCGCCCGUGCGGAGGCGCCGCAGCAGCCGCCGCAGCGCCGAUCACUCGGAUGAUUAUUCGUCAGAUCGUUCAAGCGUAGCGUCCCGGGGCCGCCGCCACCGUGGCAGCCGAGGUGGCCGGAGCUCAGAUAGCUCGCGUGACGAUUCACGGCGUCGACGAUACUCAUCAGAGGACUCGCGCGAGGGUCGCCGCCGCAGCCGCAGCUACAGCUCGGACACUGACGGUUCGCACCGGCGCCAUUCACCUAUGCGACGUGGAGGUUAUCGGCCCUACUACUACAACAAUCGGGGUGGCUACUACAAGGGCAACUUCAACAACCGCCGCUACAACAACUACCGUGGUGGCUACCAGAACAACCGUUACUUCAGGGGUGGGCGUGGAGUACGGCGCCCGUUCAGACCCUACUACAACAACCGGACGUCGCCACGCUCCUACUACAACAGUGGUGGGGGUAGUGGCAGCUACCAGCGAAGUAGCUACAGUCGUGACCGGCGCUCUGACUCCGAGACUCCACAAGACCGAUCCUUCUGCCCUCCGUGGAAGCGACGCAACCCGAUUGUGAGCCGUGCACCUGAUGCUGAGGAGCUGAAGAAGCUGCGGGAGGCAGCGGCACAGCGAGCCCAGGAGAAGCAGGAACUUGCAGCAGCCGAGGGUGGUGCUAGCACCAGCACGCAACGCAUUAAUAAGGCAACCAUCAUCCGCAACUGGCUGGAUGAUGGCGACUCGCGUUCCCCGCCACGGGAGCGCAGCCCACGCAAGAAAGAAGAUGCACCACCACUACCACCACCGCUUCCAACUGAUGCCCCACCACUACCAGAAGGUGACUGAGCAACUGGCGUUAUUCACCUUUCAUUUUCCUGGUCAUCAAAGGCACCGAACUCUUGCUGUGCAGAAAAUCGUGGCAUUUAAAAACAAUAAUAUGAUCGGGCAUUCGCACCGAACUCUUGCUGUGCGGAAAAUCGUGACAUGCAAAAAAAUAAAUAUGAUCGGGCAUUCUCAUUGGUACAAGAAUUUAACUAGGUCUGAAAGGAAGGGAAUAAGACUAUCAUAUUGUGCUGUAUGGCCAGCAAGAGCGAGUGUCGUGGCUUCUCCUAAGAGAUACUGCAGAGAGCAAGCUCAUUUUUACCUUUUUCUCCCAUUCCUGCAUGCAGUCUGUAAUUCAAGACUUUGGCCAUCUUUGUCCUUGUACAUAGAACAAUAAAAUGUUUACGUGCAGA